CCCAUAACUAUCUAAUAAGUAUGGAAGCUUAUCUUCUCUCUUCCAUCCCUCCCAACUGUUAAAUUAAACGGCCAUAUUUUCUGGUUCCGGAUUAGAAAGAGAAAGUAGAGAGAGAAAACAUUUAGUGAAGUAAAAAUGGCGAGCCAUGGGCUACUACCCACUUCGAGUUUAGUCUCGAGAACAAAACCCAGAAUCGCCAUUUCACAUGGCAGUAGAAGUUACGCAAGUUUGAUCUUAAGGACGCUGGUGUUAGCACCUUCUAGUAGUUUCCCUGGAGGGAAGUCUAAUAUUAGACAAGCACGAGCUGUUCGAACUCUCACCAGAAGUGUAUCAGCGUCUGCACAGCCUUUGACUGAAGAGAUGGUGGAGAAGCGUGUUGAUCACCCCAAUAGUGGGAAUGCAAUAAGACGGAGAUUUCUCGAAUUUUUUGCCACCCGUGGUCAUAAGGUGCUUCCAAGUGCAUCUCUUGUGCCAGACGAUCCUACUGUCCUCUUGACAAUCGCGGGAAUGCUUCAGUUUAAGCCGAUAUUCUUGGGACAGGUUCCUAGACAAGUGCCUCGGGCUACUACUGCUCAAAAGUGCAUACGUACUAAUGACGUGGAGAAUGUUGGUCGGACGUCUCGCCAUCACACGAUGUUUAUAAUGUGUGGGAAUUUCAGCUUUGGAGAUUACUUCAAAAAAGAGGCUAUUGUGUGGGCAUGGGAGCUUUCAACGAAAGAAUAUGGUUUGCCAGCUGACAAUUUAUGGGUUAGUGUUUAUGAAGAUGAUGACGAAGCUUUCGCAAUAUGGCGUGAUGAGGUUGGUGUUCCCGUAGAGCGGAUUAAAAGGAUGGGAGAAGAAGAUAACUUUUGGUCUAGUGGAGUAACUGGUCCCUGUGGUCCAUGCUCUGAACUUUAUUAUGAUCUCCAUCCUGAAAGAGGUGGUCUGAACGUAGAUCUAGGGGAUGAUACAAGGUUCCUUGAAUUCUACAAUUUGGUUUUCAUGCAGUACAACAGGACAGAAGAUGGAUCACUUGAGCCUUUAAAGCAGCAAAAUAUAGAUACUGGUCUUGGUCUAGAAAGGCUAGCCCGUAUACUUCAGAAGGUUCCAAAUAAUUACGAAACAGACUUAAUUUAUCCAAUAAUGGAGAAGGCUUCAGAAUUGGCAAAUGUAUCCUAUGUUGUUGCUGAUGAUUCCACGAAAACAAAACUUAAAAUAAUUGGGGAUCAUAUUCGUGCUGCUGUUUAUCUUAUAUCAGAUGGUGUUAUGCCAUCAAAUAUUGGAAGAGGUUAUGUAGUACGUCGACUUAUCAGGAGGACUGUCCGCACAGGAAGGCUGCUUGGCAUAAAAGGUGAUGGUAAAGGAAACCCAGAAGGGGCAUUCUUGCCAAUUAUAGCGCAGAAAGUAAUAGAACUAAGCACUGAAAUAGACCCAGAUGUGAGAGGCCAGGCAGCUCGCAUUCUUGAGGAGUUAAGAAGGGAAGAACUACGGUUUGUACAGACAUUGGAGAGAGGAGAAAAGUUACUUGACCAGAUGUUAAUAGAAGCGUUAUCAGUUGGCAGUAGAAACGGAUGUCCGCCUUGUUUAUCUGGGAAAGAUGCGUUUCUUUUGUAUGAUACUUAUGGAUUUCCUGUGGAGAUAACCAUAGAAGUUGCGCAAGAGCGUGGAGUUGAGGUAGAUAUGAAUGAAUUUCAUGUUGAGAUGGAGAAUCAAAGACAGCAGUCCCAGAAAGCUCAUAACGCUGUUAAACUUACAGUUGGAAGUGACGCCGAUCUAGCGGAAACCAUUUCCGAGACUGAAUUCCUGGGAUAUGAAACCCUAUCUUCAAGAGCUAUGGUGGAAGGUUUGUUGGUGAAGGGAAAGCCUGCAAAGCAGGUUGAUGAAGGAAAUGAAGUAGAAGUGUUGCUGGAUAAAACUCCGUUUUAUGCUGAAUCAGGUGGCCAAAUAGGAGACCAUGGGUUUCUCUAUGUCAGCGGUGCUGAUAGUCAAACUAAUGGUGUUGUGCAGGUGAAAGAUGUUCAGAAAAUUUCUGGCAGCAUAUUUGUUCAUAAGGGAAUCGUAACAGAGGGUGCUUUGGAAGUUGGUCAACUAGUAGAGGCUGCAGUUGAUCCCAAACUCAGACAAAGGGCUGAGGUUCAUCAUACUGCUACUCAUUUGCUACAAACUGCACUCAAGAAAGUCGUAGGGCAGGAGACAUCACAAGCUGGUUCUUUGGUGGCCUUUGACCGGCUAAGGUUUGAUUUUAACUUCCAUCGUCCACUUUCAGACAACGAAAUUGUUGAAAUUGAAGGGCUUAUCAAUGGAUGGGUUGGGGAUGCUACCCUCCUUCAAACUAAAGUGAUGGCACUAGAUGAUGCUAAAAGAGCUGGGGCUAUUGCAAUGUUUGGAGAAAAAUAUGGAGAACAGGUACGUGUUGUAGAAGUUCCUGGUGUAUCCUUGGAGCUCUGUGGUGGCACUCAUGUGAGCAAUACAUCUGAAAUACGUGGCUUCAAAAUAAUCUCAGAGCAGGCGGUCGCAUCUGGCAUCCGACGUAUCGAAGCUGUGGCAGGUGAUGCUUUCAUUGAAUACAUCACAACCAGGGACAACUAUAUGAAGAAUUUAUGCUCUACCCUCAAAGUUAAAGCAGAGGAAGUUACGCCGAGGGUAGAAGCCCUGUUAGAAGAGUUACGACAGGCAAGAACUGAAGUCUCAGCUGCACGUGCAAAAGCUGCUGUAUAUAAAGCAUCAUCCAUUCUUGAUAAAGCGUUUCCUGUAGGGAACUCAAAGAAAAUUAGGGUAAUAGUCGAGUCUAUGGAUGACACUGAUGCUGAUUCACUCAAGAGCGCGGCUGAGUUCUUGAUGAAUCAUCUGGAAGAUCCAGCAGCUGUAAUUUUGGGAUCUUCUCCUGGUGAAGGAAAAGUCAGUUUAGUUGCUGCAUUUACACCAGGAGUUGUUGAUCUGGGGAUUCAAGCUGGGAAAUUUAUUGGACCUAUAGCCAAAUUAUGUGGUGGUGGAGGUGGCGGAAGGCCUAACUUUGCACAAGCAGGCGGAAGGAAGCCUGAGAAUUUGUUAGCUGCUCUUGAUAAAGCGCGGGAUGAUAUUAUCUCGGUUCUCUCAGAGAAAUCAAUCUGAAACUGAAGCAACUCCACUGUUGAUUUAUCUCAAGAAAAAGGGAAAAAAUAAAUUAUUAUUGAUACGCUAUUUUGGCUUAGAAGAAAACAUGGGUACAGUUACAGUGCAUAUAUCUCCAUGUGUAGUAGCUUAGUGAUUGCAAAUAUGUACAGCACACUUCAUUUCCAAGUCUAGUAAAGGAAUUUUAUUCAUUUUUA